GGAGGGAUGCACAGUACCGCCCAUGCCCAGACACCGAUCGUCCCCUCCACGAUCUGACAUUCUCGAGACUCCUUCCGCCAAGGGCUUCCAAAGCGACCGUUCCGGAGGAUGUUCCUCCUGCCUCUCUGGACCAAGAUAAGAUUUCGUUGUCUCAGCUGGGUCCACCUUCACUAUUCGUCCACUUAUCUCCCCAGUAUACCUUUCAGCGCGUGAAGGAAGAGGAUUAUUCUCAUUCUCUCAUUCGAGCUCGCCGAUGGACCUCCCUUCUACACGGUCCUGUCGCUCUCUCCAACUUGCAAGGUACUCGGCUUCCUGUUCUUACUCCCGUGUCGAUCGGCACCCUUCCCAAAGCAUCAGCCAGCAAGACAGCCUCCCACUCUCGGAGAAUCGCCUUGACCGAAGAGAUCCCAACUUCCACCUUCAUUCCACAGGUAGUCGUUGUUGACGAACUGCUUUCCUGGGGAGCGGUCUGGGACGUUUACCGUCUUACCUCGCCUCCUGACUUGAAACCGUUUGCGUUCCCCUUGAUUGGGAAGAUUAUGUGUAUCGAGUGCUUUGAGGCUGAAUUGGAUCCCGACAAAUUAUACGACAUGUGGACGCGGGGUGGAACAACUCAAGUUCAAGUCCAAGAACAAGUGAAGCGGGAGCUGGAAGUUUUGACCGCUUUGAGUGAACUGGAGCCUCCUAUCAUACCUCAAGUACUUGGUUUGUGGGGAGGGCUGCAAAGAGGGUAUCAGGUAUGGAUGAUGGUAAUGGAGGAUGCCGGGGACGGGUUGUAUGGGGAUUUGGGCGAGGAAGAUAUAAAUGCUGUCAUGAGUCUAUAUGAGCGACUACAUGCUGCAGGCUUUCUACAUGGCGACGGACAGCGACGUCAUAUGUGCCGAAUGUCGGCAAAAUCCUCGGAUCCCUCGGCCAUACGACUCAUUGAUUUCGACCGGGCGGUCACACGUGCGCAAUUAUCAGAGGAGGAAUGGCUGGAGCAGUCAAAGAAUGAAUGUCAAUCGGUGCUGAACGGUCUUCGAUAUAGUAAUGAAGUCGGCGAGUAACAUAGCUUCAUACUCCGUUUUUCGUCUACAAUGUCUACAGAUACGUAUAUCCAUU